AUGCCAUAUUUGCUUAUAUCCAAUUGUAGUAAUAAUUCCAUAUAUAAAGAGAUGGGAAAUUAUCUCAUAAUAAACUCUCAAAAGUCAUCAAUUUCCAACUUCUUAUCAAAGCCAAUAGAUUUUUCCAUGCAAGUUCUCACAAAAUGUAAAUUCUAUGCAGGGUUUCUGUCAGAUAUUCUGCAAUUUUACAAAAGAUACAUCAGCUAUCACUGAGGAAAAGGUUUCCACCUAUCAAGAGCAGAGUUCAAAAGACUAGCCAGAGUUUCACCUAUUAGUGGCAUGGAAGAUGUGGUGUUUAAUUAUUUUCGUAUCCCUGGACACAUAGAAAUAAGCAUCUUGGAAAUAUUCGCCUCCGUAAUUGUAUAUGGAAAUGUCGAAUUUAAUGAAAAAAUAAGGCUCGCAAUGUACAUUUUUGACCUUGAUGGUAACAAAUACCUAACCCGAGACGAAGUUUAUUACUUGUGUGAAGGAUUUAUUAAAGGUAUUGGGAGCAUGACGAGAGGCCCAAUUAUUGAAGACUCAAGUAUUGCAACUCUUGCUGAUACUUGCUUUGCGAUAUUAAAGAAAUCUGUAAAUAUGAAAAUCUGUGGAGAAGAGUAAUUUUCAUUCAGCUUAAAAACAAUUGUUAUUUUAAAUGAUACAUUAUACGAUUUAUUACACAAAAAUGUUGAAGCACAAGAAGAAAAAAAAUCAUGCGCAACAGAAGAGACUCCUCGAGCUAAAACUCCUCUAAAGUUGAGAGGAAGAGGCAGGGGUCAAACAAUUUGUAUACCCUGUGAUCUCGAAAAUAGAUCACUCAAUCCCCAGAGAGCAUAAAAAAUAAUUUUUGAAAUCUGAUUAAUUUUAUUCUAAAUACAGCCAAGAUUAAUAUUCUAAUAUUCAUUUGGCAUUUUUAAAUAUAUAAAUUUAAUUUAAUAUGAUUACGAUUUGAAUUAGAUUUUCUCAUUAUAUUAAAAAAAAAAUUUAUUAAUAAAGUUAAUCUUAUAAUGAAUAGGCAAAUGAAAAUGCAGAGUUAGCAGCCAUAGAAAAAGAGACAUUUCUACAACUCUCACAACUAGAAAAUCUUCAUUCAGCAAGAAACGAGCAAACAAUUUCAGUAUCACUGUUGGAAAACAGCUCAUUUCAAGAUUUGAAGUCAGCAAAUUUUACGAAAUUUUCAAAACAGUCGAAAAUAUAAACGGCUAUGCUACAGCAAUCUCUUUACACAAUGCAUUGCUGAAAAGCAAAGACUUUGCGUCCGAAGCUGGCUCAAUUCCUUUAGAUGGUCAAUUCCUUAAUUUUACACAGAUGUUGGCUAUGGUUUUUAGAAAUGCGUCAAUUUCAGAAAUCAAGAGACUUGUAAGAUUUAUUAAUCGUAUGAAAUAUUUAGCUGAGCUGGAACCUGAGACACCGAAUAAAGAAGAAAAAACAAAAAGAUUGUCGUUUAAUAGUGUUAAAUUCUACCCACAAUUAUUUGAGACUUUUGAAAAAGAUAGAGAAGGGUAUAUACAGUUCAAGGCGCUUAAAACUAGACUUGGAGGCGAUUUUCAUGAAGAAAACCUCAGGUAUCUAUUCGAACAAUAUAGAGUUCCUAAUAAAGGAAUCGAUUUAUAUGGGUUUAUUAGGAUGUUUAUUCCAAAUAGCACGCAUAUCGGGCAAGAUGUUCUUAAUAAGCUUUCUGCUUAG